AUGGGCGCCCUUCUUUCUCUGCCGCUACUUGCGGUACCCAGCUUGGGCACAGUACCGUCUUGCUUGGCCAGCUGUUGCGGUGCAGCUACUUGCUCCAUGGUUUGUAGCGCAUGCGGCAAAUGUGGAAACAGUAUCGCUACGCGCAUUGCCUACGCUCUACUUCUCCUCGUCAACUCGAUAUUAGCAUGGAUUAUGCUCACCGAUUGGGCUAUAGAAAAGCUCCAGCAUCUCGCACUUGAUUAUGUCAAGAUCAACUGUCCCACGGGGCAGUGCUAUGGAUGGCUAGCUGCUCAUCGAAUCAACUUUGCUCUCGGACUUUUGCACCUCAUCUUCGCUGGCCUCCUAUUCGGCGUUCAAUCCUCGAAAAGCCCUCGAGCCGCUAUACAGAAUGGGUACUGGGGACCCAAGAUCAUUGCUUGGCUAGCACUCAUUGUCAUGUCUUUCCUCAUCCCUGACAAGUUCUUCAUGUUCUGGGGAAAUUAUGUCUCGUUUGCUGCGGCGAUGCUGUUUCUUGUUCUUGGUCUCAUUUUGCUCGUGGACUUGGCGCACACUUGGGCUGAAUAUUGCUUGGCACAAAUCGAAGACACUGACUCUAGGUUCUGGCGAAUCGUUCUCAUAGGCUCGACCUUGAGCAUGUACCUGGCGUCCAUCGCGAUGACCAUCAUCCAGUACAUCUUCUUUGCCCAGGGCCAGUGCGCCAUGAAUCAGACUGCCAUCACCGUCAAUCUAAUUCUAUGGCUGAUUAUUUCCGUUGUGUCCGUUAAUCCUACGGUUCAAGAAUACAACCCCAAAGCUGGAUUGGCCCAAGCCGCAAUGGUAGCAGUGUACUGCACUUAUUUGACAAUGUCAGCCGUGUCCAUGGAACCCGAUGAUAAGAACUGCAACCCCUUGGUCCGCGCUCAAGGAACGAGAACUACGUCCGUUGUUAUCGGAGCCAUUGUCACAAUGCUUACAGUUGCGUAUACGACCACCCGCGCGGCCACCCAAAGCCUUGGCCUAGGAGGCAACGCCGACGGAAUCCGACUCCCGGAAGAUGAUGAGCAUGACUUGGUUACACAGCAGCCUAUGCACCGCCGUGAAAUGCGGGCGGAAGCUCUGCGUCGUGCUGUGGAAGAAGGCAGCCUGCCAGCUGAUGCUCUACUGUCGGAUGACGAGAGCGACGCUGGCGGAGAUCACGCACACGACGAUGAGAGAUCCAGCACCCAGUACAAUUAUUCAAUGUUUCACAUCAUCUUCUUCCUAGCCACGGCAUGGGUAUCGACACUUCUCACUCUCAAUUUCGAGGAGUCAACUCGAGAUGGUCAGUUCGCUACAGUUGGUCGUACCUACGGAGCCAGCUGGGUCAAGAUUGUAAGUGCCUGGAUUUGCCACGGCAUGUACAUUUGGACACUCAUUGCGCCUAUUUACUUCCCCGAACGCUUCUCUUAA